AUGGUCAAACCUCUAACAUUCAAAGGCGAUAAGCCAAAGAAACGCAAGACCCGCACCACAGACAAUGAAGCCCCAACCUCUAAAUCACGCAAAACCGAACCAGAACCCGAGGACAACCCAGAAGACCAAAGCUGGGUCUCCGCCGACUCCCCAAGCGACAUCGCCGGCCCAGUAGUCAUAGUCCUACCCUCGGACGACGCAACCUGCGUCGCCAGCGACGCCAACGGCCAAGUCUUCGCCAGCAAGCUCGAGAACCUCGUCGAGGGCGACCCAGCCACGGCAGAGCCGCACGAUGUGCGACAGGUCUGGGUUGCGUCGCGGGUGGCGGGAACGGAGUCGUUUAGUUUCAAGGGACAUCAUGGGAAAUACCUCUCCUCAGACACACACGGCAUCUUUUCGGCAACCGCGUCAGCAGUCAGCCACUACGAAUCCUUCCUAGCGAUACCUUCACCUGAAGUCUCGGGGACAUUCUCGCUCCAGACGCACGGCGGCGAUGGCGAGUCUUUCCUGACAAUAAAAGAGAACGCUAAGACUGCUUCUGGCGUUGAGAUCCGCGGGGACGCGAAUACGAUUUCGUUUGAGACGACGGUGCGCGUGCGCAUGCAGGCGAGGUUUAAACCGAAACUGCGGGCGUCGAAGGAGAGUAAAGCAUAUGAGAAGAUUAGUAAGAAGGAGCUUGAGGGAAUUGUUGGGAGGAGCUUGAAUGAGGAUGAGGUUAAGAGGUUGAGGAAGGGGAGGAGGGAGGGGAAUUUCCAUGAGGUUUUGCUUGAUGUUAAGGUUAGCGGGAAACAUGAUAAGUGGGCUUGA